AUGCUAACCGGCCCAGAGACGCGCUACUCAAUGAUAGAGAAACUGGUUCUCGCGCUAGUACAUGCUUUACGAAGACUACGCCGAUACUUCACUGGUCAUGUUAUUACAGUUCUCACUAAUUAUCAUCUAGGCCAAAUUCUGUCCAAACCCGACGUUACGGGGCAUCUGGCCAAAUGGGCCAUUGAGCUGGGAGGAUACAAUAUCCUAAAUAAACCUCGACCGGCAAUCAAAGGCCAAGUGUUAGCAGACUUCGCCACAGAAGUUCCCAUAGACAAAGUACAGGAAUGCGAGGCGAUCCAAAACCCUAUUCCAGUCUUCGACGAUAGGGUUUGGACAUUGCACACAGACAGAGCUUCUAACGAUGACGGAGCAGGCGCAGGCCUUCGACUGGUUAGCCCAGAUGAUCACGAGUUUACAUACGCAAUAGGCUUAGACUUCAAGAGUACAAACAACGAGGCAGAAUAUGAAGCGUUUCUUGCAGGCCUCCGUUUGGCACUUAAAAUGGGAGCAAAAAAUCUCGAAGCUCACCUCGAUUCAAAGCUUGUGGCCGAGCAAGUUUAUGGUCAUUACGAUGCAAAGGGCGAAGCCAUGGCGUUAUACCUGGAACAAGCACGAAUGCUUAUCAGCCAAUUCCAAGCGUUCAAGAUAAUUCACAUAAACAGAAGUGAAAAUAAGCAUGUGGAUGCACUGAGUAAAUUAGCUGCCACCAGCUUCAAACAUUUUGCAAAGGAGGUGCGCAGCGAGGUGUUAUCCAACCCAUCCAUUCCUCUCAAACAAGUGAACAUCAUCGAAGCCGGCAACCCAUCCUGGAUGUCUCCGAUCAUCAUGUACUUGCAGCAUGGCAAACUACCGGAAGGGAAAGCGGAAGCUAGGAAGAUCCAGAACAAAGCACUGAACUACGAAAUGGCAGACGGUAUUUUAUACCGGAAGUCAUUUAUGAGUCCACUCCUACGCUGUGUCGAUAAAACAGAUGCACAGUACUUAGUCAGAGAAAUCCACGAAGGAUUGUGUGGAAUCCACGCCGGGCCGCGCAUGGUAGUGGAAAAGAUAAUGAGCGCAGGCUACUAUUGGCCAGGAAUGCAUGUGGACGCAGUGGAAUUAUUGCGCAAAUGUGCAGCAUGCCAGCGCCAUGCGCCAAAAACCCUCCGCCCAAAAAAUCCUCUAGUACCGGUCACCUCCGCCUGGCCUUUUCAACAGUGGGGUAUAGACCUUGUCGGUCCUUUUCCUGACGCGCCAGGCGUAGUCAAAGUCAUUAUUGUGGCAUUUGACUACUUCACUAAGUGGGUAGAAGCCAAGGCAUUGGCGUCAACUACAGCGAUGGUAAUUUGCAAGUUUAUAUGGGACCAUAUCAUCUGUCGGUUCGGGUUGCCCUUGCGCAUUAUUUUAGAUAACGGCACAAAUUUUGCUUCAGAAGACCUCCAGAAGUGGUUUAAAGAAAUGAAGAUCGAACACAACUUCGCUUCUGUGGCGCACCCACAAGCAAAUGGGCUGGUCGAAAGUAUAAAUAAACAAAUAGUCGAUGGCAUCAAAGCAAGAUUGAGGACGGCGCGCAGAGGAUGA